ACCUCCAGAAACAGCCAACAAAUCUGCCUCCUAAAAUCCUAAGUUGAAUGGUCUUCGAGCCGCGUCAUACGCCAGCUGGCUUUUGAACAUUCCUCGUCUCUCCGCCUCGCAUCCGCGCCACGCCACCACCACAACCCGCGCUGCUUAUGCUUUCUGGGAUACACAGUACAGCACAAAAUGGCUCUCCAUUCUCGAUCGAUCUCCAGCACACAGCAACGCAACCUGUUCGAGCCUCCCUCCCGACAUCCAUCUCCUGAGCUUCCAGCAUUUCGUUCCUUGUGUUCGAAACCCUAGAAUCGCCGUUUACCUGUGGAAUAGGCCAGCCUACUAAAGCCGUCAUUGUCAGUCGGCGCAGCGCAGCGACCAUGGCCGUUAAGGCGACGCUUUUCGCUCUCUUCCUCGUCUCUCUCGCCGUCUCAUGCGCGGGCUACAGGAUGGGCCCUGGGUUCGGUCGUGGCGGCGGCGGCGGCGGCUUCAGGUGGGGCCAGGGCGGAUGGGGGCAGUACGGCGGCCACCCCGGCAGUCGCAUAGGUGCACUGGCGGCGCGCAUGCUGGGCAGCAACGUGGCUGACGCUGACGGCGCAGUCACGGGCGACGUCAACGCGACCGGCGUCGUGCUGCUAGCCGUCUACAACUACAGCGGCGACUACAACAUUCGCUACGGCGCCGCACUCAAGCUCACCGAUGCAGGCCUGCCCACGUCCAUCACCAUCAACGAGAACGCAACGUCAGCAGUCGUGCUGGACCUGGGCUUCAACGCCACGUGGACCAAUCUCACCUGGUCCGGCAACUGCUCUGCCCUCACCGCCACUGGUGCCUUGAGGCGCGGGGCCCGCCGCCAGCCGCCCCUCCCCAAGUUCUUUGGCUUCUUCCGCCCGCCCGUCCCCUCCGGGUUUGUUUAUGGGUUUUCUGGGAUGUGGUACAACGCGAGCACUAUCACCACGGCGACCGGGCAGACUUACAAGGACGUGAUUGACCUGCUCCUGGCGAAUCCGGCUUCUUACUAUUCUGUCGCUACCACUGACACAUAUCCCGAUGGCGUGGCGCUGGGGUCGUUUGCGGUUCGUACUCCUCCUGCUGCGACGUCUUACUGGACGCGCUACUAGGCGGAGAUGCAGAGCAGCAGAGGGCAGAGAAGGAGCAGAAUAAGGGGAGGGGGGGAGGGGGGGGGGGGGGGGGGGGUGUGGGUUCAUGUAUUCCGGUCUUCAAAAAGUGGUCGGCUUGUGAAGUGGGUGGGUCGGGUGUGAGUGAGGCCCUCACCAGCUUUUGUUUUAUGGAUGUCGACAGCUUGGAACAGCCUUGCAUUUUUGCUGGUACAUGCUUACUAAUGCAAGGCUGUUUCUAGUCUAGUUGCUCAAAUGUCAUGUAAAUCGUUAGUAUUUCUAUAUGGGUAGAACAACAUCGGUAUAAUUGUA